AUGGCGCCAAUGGUCGGGUGAAGCGUCCGGAUUACGCGUUGAUUGACAACAUGGUCGGCAGCGUCGAGAACGCCGCACGGGAGCUGAUGGCCAAGCUGUCCAUCUCUGCGCAGAACAUACGCAAGCUCAAGGACGACCAGCUUGUCCCCCAGGCGCAGACCGUCGCGCAUGUUGCCGACCUCGUCACUGCUGCCGCUGAUGCCGCCGCUGUCACCGCCGCCGCCGAUGCCGCUGCUGCGGCCGACUUGGACUCAUCUGCGCUCGACGACUCGGAUGACGAGGUGGAGCACUCAAGCUUCCGCCGCGUCCCCGCCGCCGACAUUGGCAGGGAGUUUGCUGCCAUCUCGUCCCGUGCCUCUUCCUUCUCCACCGCAAGGCACAGGCACAGGCACCACUACCACCGGCACCAUCACCAGCAGUAACGCCAGCGGAAGCGGCGUUGUUGCGCAUGCGCACAAUCCCUUUGCACAACAACAGCCGCAUGUAUACACGCAUGCGCCGGCGAUGGCGCAACGAUCUUACAGCAUGGGCAUCCUCCCACCAUUUCACAACCCCUUUGCUGCAGCGCACGCGUACCAGCAUCCGUCGUCCGCAACCUCUCCCUUCUCGUCGUCAUCAACAGCCACGCCGGCCGCCGCCGCCCCGGGCAUAGGUUCAGGAAUGCCGCUGUCCGCCAGCGGCUACGCCGCUGCGCCCGGCGCGCACUUUGGCGGCGACGGGGUAGGUGGGCUCGCGGGCGGACUCGCCGCUGCGUUCCGUCGCUCCUCUGCAGGCGGCUACGAGGGCCUGCAUAGUGCGCAGUGGGCGACGUUCUCCAAUUCCACCAACUACAGCAGCAAUAUCAAUCGUGGCGAAGGCGCCGGCGCCGGCCAUGCUUCCGCCUCAGCUUCCACCAUCGCGCACGGCAUGCAUCCUCCCCCUCCGCCCACAGUGGCCGCCGCCCCCGGCUGCCAGCCCCCCACGGCCAGCGCAGACUUUGUGUCCGCCGCCUGGACCGCCGGCGCCGCCCCCGGAAGCGCCCUGUCAUCCGUGGCGGCGCCCUCACUGUCUGCGUCGUCUGGCGCAGCGGCGGCGGCCGCCGCCGCCGCGAAUGCAGCCCGCAGCCUGUCCGAUUCGCAGACGGCUAUGGCGCUGCAGGCGCACGUCGCGGCGCUUCGCGCGUCUGCAAUGAGCAACGCCAUCUCCCACAGCGCCUUCACGGCCGCAAUUGGCACAGCCGCAGGCACGAGCAGUACGAUGCAGCUUAUGGGUCCCGAUGCGGGAGCAGGCGCUGGCUUGCAGCCGCGCUCGGCCAGCACCGGAUCCGGGCCCAUGCCCGUGCCCGUUCCCAUCGGCAGCGCCGGCGCCGGCGCGCCCACCUUUCUGGAUGGCUGGCACGUGCCGUUGCACGCGCACGUGCAGGCUACGACUGGCGCCGCGAUCCCUUCGCCGGCGUCGGAAGGCGGACUCGGGAGCGGGCCUCCCGGUGGUGUUGGCGUCCAGACAGUCAGGCUCACGCGCACGGCUAGCGCUGCUUCCCUCCAGGGCGCUACGGCUGGCGCCAAUCUCGCCGGGAGCUACCUCGGCGGACAAUUGGCGGAAGCAGGUAGUGCCCCAUCGACUGGAAGCGGCCGAGGCUCGGUGGAUGCCAACGUCAGCGUGCCGGACCUCGUUACGGAUAUUCCGCUCAGCGACAAGCGGUACAGGAACCGAAAGCUUUUGCGUGAUCUGCGCCAGUACCUGUAUCGCUGGCUCAACACGAGCGAGUUCCGGCAGAUCACCAAAACGUACAGCCAAGCCGAGUGGGUCUCCAACCCCGACAGUACCUCUUCCAAGGACCGCUUCUUCCACGUCAACUUCCAAGCACGCGACUACUACAAGACAAAUCAUGAGCUGAUCGAUGAGAUCGUCCGCAUUGGGCUGGCGCUUGCAGAGGAGCAUCCGCAGGAGUACGGCUGCGCGCCUGGCGUGCUCAAGGCCUCCCAUAUCGAAGACGUCGCGAAGGAUCUCAUGGACAGCGCCCGCAGCGGCUUCAGGCAGAGCCUGCGCACCGAUCCUGGUGCCAAGGAUUGCGAAAAGCAGAAGGAUCAGAAGGACCGGGAGACGGAGAGAUCCAAGAUUGUGAGCCUGCCCGAUCACUUUCUCUGUGCAAUCAUGGCGGCCUGUAUGUGUGUAUGCUUACGCGUGUUUCUUCGACUGCACCUGCAGAAACAACGCGGUCGCGAAUUGGGCGCGGCAAAACUCAAGCACCCUAUCCCUCGACCUCUGCUGAUGUCCGGCGCAUUCAGCGAUGACGCCGCCAGCGACGAGGAUCUGCACGGGAUGGAUAUACAGACGUGGAAAGCACAGCGCAGCUUGAAACUCAAGGACGACCACGGCCUCGAGGCACUGACUCCUCGAUGGAGGAAUCCGCACCUGACGCGUGCGUACCAACUGGCCGACAAAAAGUCGAAGAACAAGCACCUGACCCGCUGGAGGAGAGACCAGCCCGUCGAGCUAGACGUCCCGCACUCGCUCCGCGGUCGUCGGCUGCCCUCUGCGCUUUUCGACAAGGCCUGGCUCGCGGAGAAUAAGCACACCCUCAACGGUGCGCCAUACUACAUCACCAUCGACGAAGAGCCUGUCGCCGGAUGGUCCGACCAGCUCUACCCUCUUGACGAGGGCAACGAUGGCGACGACGAAGACGACGCAAGCGAUGACGAUCGCCGGUCGAACAAGCGCAAGAGGACGAGCACGCUGAUGAAUGGCGGUUCGACUCAGGCGAUCCCACACCAGGCUUUCCCUCAGUUCCAGCUUGGCCCCGUGGACGGCGCCGGCUUUGCGCCACUACCCGGAGUCGCAUACAGCGUGCAUCCUUACCAGCUAGUGCCACCGUCCGCACCGGCAGGCUCGCAUUUCAGUUUCUUUUAAUCAGCAUCGGAGGAAUGUGUCACCCUUCUCAGUAUAUCGCAUGAUUCUCACCAAGACCAACAACACUAUAGGUACUCCGCUAA